AUGCGGGCUGUGAGAUGCCUGCUGUUCGCCGCGGUGCUCGCACGGUGCUCCGUGACGGGUCUGAGGGGGGACUGGCAACCCCCCAUUGAAGACCUUGUGCAGCCCAAAAGGCUCCUGCAGCAGAUCCACUCCCAGGAUGAAGUGCUUCACACCCGCCUCGACACCCGGGUCCAAAACUUCUCGACGGGGGCGAAGCCCGUGCAUCUGGCCCAGAGCAGCUUCCUGGUGGAGGCCUUUGGCAGUUCAUUUAUCCUCGACCUGGAACUUAACCAUAAUCUCCUGUCGACAGACUAUGUCGAAAGACACUUUGAAGACAAUGGACAGCCAUCACAGAUUAAGGGAGGAGAACACUGUUACUACCACGGACGUGUGCGAGGGCUGCCACAAUCUUGGGUGGCUUUGUCCACCUGUCACGGACUUUGGGGAAUGUUCUCUGAUGGCAACAUCUCAUAUGGGAUCCAACCUGUGGACGGUAUGGUGGACCAUGUUGUGUAUCGCAUGCCGAUCGUCGAUAUCCUCUCGGCUUCCUGUCCAGCAUGCAGCUUGAACGGUAGCCGGCCUGUAAGGCAGACAGGCAGCAAAGGAGACGAGAAGAGGCGGCAUGGAGACGACUGGUCUGCAUUUGAGGCGAAGGAGACCAGCUUGAGACGAUCAAAAAGACAAGUGCGUCGGGGUCAGCGCACAGUGCAGACUGAGACCAAAUAUAUUGAGCUAAUGGUCAUAAAUGACCAUGAACUGUUUGUCCAACAGCGUCGAUCGACCUCUCAGACGAAGAACUUUGCCAAAGCGGUUGUCAACAUGGCUGAUGCGAUCUACAAGGAGCAGCUCAACACGCGCAUCGUCCUGGUCGCCAUGGAAACCUGGUCGUCAGAGAACCGAAUCUCGGUGGGUGACGACGCCCUGGUCACCCUGCGCGACUUCAUGAAAUACCGGAAAGCGAGCAUCCGCGAACGCUGCGAUGCGGUGCACCUCCUCUCCGGGAGGACGUUCAUGAGCAGCCGCAGCGAGGCCGCAUACGUCGGCGGCGUCUGCUCGCUCAACAGGGGCGGCGGCAUCAACGAGUUUGGCGCAGUGGGUCCAGUGGCCAUCACGCUGUGCCAGAGCUUGGGCCAGAACAUCGGAAUGCUGAGGAACAAGGAUAGACCUGCCGCAGGAGAUUGCAGAUGUCCAGAUCCGUGGUUGGGAUGCAUCAUGGAAGACACUGGCUACUACCUGCCUAGGAAGUUCUCUCGCUGUAGUAUCGACGAAUAUCUUCGCUUUCUGCAGCAAGGUGGUGGCAGUUGCUUGUUCAACAAACCCAGUAAGCUUCUGGACCCGCCCGAGUGUGGCAACGGAUACGUGGAACUGGGAGAGGAGUGCGACUGCGGGACACUUGUGGAUUGCACCCGCAGCGGCGCCAAUUGUUGCAAGAAGUGCACACUUACCCACAAUGCAAUGUGCAGCAACGGCCUUUGCUGCAGGGACUGCAAGUAUGAGCUGAGAGGUGUGACAUGUCGUGAGGCCGUCAAUGACUGUGAUAUCCCAGAAACCUGCUCGGGUGAUUCCAGCCAGUGUCCUCACAAUGUACACAAACUAGACGGCUACACCUGCGAGGCCGGCCAGGGUCGCUGCUACGGUGGUCGCUGUAAAACCAGAGACAGCCAGUGCCGGAGUUUGUGGGGCUUCAACGCCGCUGACAGGUUCUGCUACGAAAAGCUCAAUUCCGAGGGCACGGAGAAAGGAAACUGCGGGCCAGAGCCUGGCGGUCAGGGAUGGAUGCAUUGCAACAAGCAGGACGUUCUGUGCGGUCUGCUUCUGUGCACCAAUGUGACCGAAAAGCCUAGUUUUGGCGAGUUGCAAGGCAAACUGACAAGUUUGACUAUCUAUCAUCACAAUAGAUACUUGGACUGCAGGGGUGGUCAUGCGGUUUUGGAUGAUGGCUUGGACCUGGGCUACGUGGAGGAUGGAACACCUUGCGGGCCAAACAUGAUGUGUCUUGAACGCCGCUGCCACCCGGUCAACACCUUCAACCUCAGCAUGUGUCCUGGCUCGUCCAUUUCACGCAUUUGCUCCCAUCAUGGCACAUGUAGCAAUGAAGUUAAAUGCAUCUGUGACCCGGACUACACCGGGAAGGACUGCAGCGUGUUUGACCCCAUUCCUAUUCCCACGCCAUAUGAAGGCCCGGCGAAGCAUAAAGGUCCGAGUGGGACCAACAUCAUCAUUGGCUCAGUGGCCGGUGCCAUUUUGUUGGCUGCCAUUGUCCUGGGAGGCACUGGAUGGGGAUUCAAAAACAUCCGGAGAGGAAGGUACGACCCCGCCUUUGAGUCCUGA